CUUACGCAGCGUAGUUACGCUUACCUCGCAAUUCUCAGACCAUUCAGAAAGUUGGCUAGACAAACUCAAGAGCAGCCGCAAGAAAAAUAUAGCCAACAAAACAUUUCAGUGUCGUUGGAUUACAUUGAAAAUCUCUUGGAUAACAUGCAAUCUACAGUUUUUACCAUCUUGUUUGUCAAAGUAUGUUUAACUUUACAUGGAAUUACAGCAGUGUUAGCCGAACUUCCAAGUCCCAGUAACAUCAGGAUUAACUCUGUCAACAUGGGACUAGUGUUGGAGUGGGAUGCACCUCAGAACCACACAGAAAACAUAACCUACAGAGCAGAGUACAGGGGCUUAGUCGGACGCAAUGAGGUUGUAUGUUGGAACACAACAGCCCAAAGCUGUGACUUCACCAGUCAUCUAAACAAAUUUGGAGUGUACACUUUCCAAGUGAGGGCAGAACGAGAGGGGGACACAUCUCGCUGGAUGAAGACUAAGAAGUUUGUCAUGGAUGAACACACCACGCUAGGCCCUCCCGGUGUGGCGCUCGUCUCCAGUGGUGCUGUCAUUGAAGUGAGCAUCAACGACCCAGUGCUCAAGAUCUCUGAGUUCAAAGACUUAUACAACAACGCACACUUUAAUAUCACCUACUGGAAAGAGGGUCAGGAGGAGAAGGACAAAAGUAUGAAAUGCACCCCACUUCGUAAAGUGGUCUUGGCACUGGAGCCAUGGACCAGGUACUGUGUUCAGGUCUGGGUGUACACCCAGAGGUUCUCCAAACACAGCCAGCCCAGCAAUGUUACAUGUGAGAGCACCGCUAAGGGCAAUGACAGGCCUUGGGUGGUAGCCCUGGUGACGUUUGUGGUGAUGGCUGUGGCAGUGGCCCUGCUGGCCCUGGCCUUCUGGUACUGCUACAGGGUGGUCCGCUUCCUCAGACCCAAGGCCAAGCUGCCUGAACAUUUCACAGAGUAGCUGUUGGAUUCACCAUGCUCCUCCAUCCUGGCCAUACAGAGCAGCCUCCAGCCUGAGGAGGUGUACCAUGAGCUCCGCGUCAUGCCAGGUGGGGCAUAGACAAAGGAGAGCUCUAUCUGUUGGUCGGAAGAACGUAAUACACACAGACUGGGAGAAAACACACAGACCGUCUGGCUGUGUUCGAGAGUAUCAAAACUGUGGAUUGAGACUGACUGACAGAUCUACAAAUAAUAUUGAAAAGUUAUUUACGUUGCAAGGUGAUUUGUUGAUCAGUCAUUCUCGACUCGCCUUUAAAGUCGGCUGCAAUGUCGAACACGCCCAAAGUGGGUGGGGAAGAUAUGGGUCAAAAAUAGGAACUGAGUAGUCCCAGGUGAAGUAAGAAAAGAGAACAAGGACUGAAAUAGAUGGCAGAAAAGAGGACGUGUAUCUUAUUGAGAAUUGAGAAAUAAUAUUCUGACAUCUGGGAUUUAGUGAUUUUUAUUAAUGUUGAUGAAAUGCUAAGAGAGCUACUUACUGUGAUGUGUUUAUUUAUGUGACCUUUAAGUGUAUGAUAAUGAUCAAUAUUGCCUAUCAUUCAUUACGGCCAUGCAUGGUAAGCCUACACUGGCAUUUUUUGGGGAAUCAUGGCUAUAGGGCAACGGAAUGGUUCAACCACUGUCAUCAGAGAGACUUACAACACAGUCCAAAUGGCACAACACCAGGAAGGGAGUAUUACAUGGUCUGUGUUUAUGCCUUGAUGCACUCUGUGUUUGUUCCUAUGUGACUCUGUGUUUGUUCCUAUGUGUCUCUGUGUGACUCUGUGUUUGUUCCUAUGUGUCUCUGUGUGACUCUGUGUUUGUUCCUAUGUGUCUCUGUGUGACUCUGUGUUUGUUCCUAUAUGUCUCUGUGUGACUCUGUGUUUGUUCCUAUGUGUCUCUGUGUGACUCUGUGUUUGUUCCUAUAUGUUUCUGUGUGACUCUGUGUUUGUUCCUAUGUGUCUCUGUGUGACUCUGUGUUUGUUCCUAUGUGUCUCUGUGUGACUCUGUGUUUGUUCCUAUGUGUCUCUGUGUGACUCUGUGUUUGUUCCUAUAUGUUUCUGUGUGACUGUGUUUGUGCCUAAUAUGUCUCUGUGUGACUCUGUGUUUGUGCCUAUAUGUCUCUGUGUGACUCUGUGCUUGUUCCUAUAUGUCUCUGUGUGACUCUGUGUUUGUGAAGGAUAUUAAAGGACCAAUGCAGCCAUUUUUAUCUAAAUAUCAAAUCAUUUAUAAGUAACAAUGAAAACAAUCAGAGUAAGGUACUUUUUUAGCAAAUAGCAACUUCUUAAUCAAGACAUUUGCUAGGACUGUCUGGGAGUGCUUUAGGCAAAAACAGAAAAUGAACUGUUAUUGGCAGAGAGGUUUGGAACUCUUUCUUAUUGGUCUAUUAACUAAUUUACCACAUGGUGAUGUUACCAUGGAAGGCCAAAACUCCAUCCUACGUAAAAAGGCUGAAAUUUCAGAUGGUCUUUUCAAACAGCUCUUAUACUUAAAGGACAUUAUCAUAAUUUUCAUAAUUUCAGUAUUAUUCCAAGCUCAUAGUGUGGAAAUUUAAAACACAGGUAACUCACGUUUUUGACUGCAUUGGCCCUUUAACAGUUGAAGGUACUCUAUUAGCACUUGGAAGAUGUCGUUUGACAUUUGAAGUCAUGUUUUAUAGACUUUUUACCAUUUUAUAUUGUGGGAGACCACACACACAAACAAGUAAAAAAUGUGCCCAACAGUUAAAAAUGACUUGCCAAGGGAAUAAAUAUAUAUUUUUAAAUGCUCAUAAAUGUUUGGUGUUGUCACCUAUC